UCCAACAUGCAUUCAAUCGUCGUUUUAGCUUUAUGUGUAUUCGGAGCAGCUCUAGCUAGCGGCGGUGGAGGUCAUGGUCAUGACAACGCCCAUUACAAAUUCGAAUACGGCGUCCACGAUCCUCAUACCCACGACCACAAAUCCCAACACGAACAUAGAGAUGGACACCACGUCACCGGAGGUUACACUCUGAAAGAAGCUGACGGCACCCACAGAAUCGUCAAAUACAAAUCGGGACCUCAUAGUGGUUUUGAGGCUGUUGUAGAACGCGUAGGACACGCUCAACAUCCUGCACAUUAUGGUAAACAUGGACACGGAGGACAUGGAGGACACGGUGGACAUGGUGGAGCUACUAGCUACGUAGGUGUUACCCAUUGGGCUAACCAAGGAAGCGAUGGUGGACACGGACAUUAUUCGAUAUUUAUUUUACAGGUUGUCUUAUUUGGUUUAUUCUUAUUAGGAGCAGCUCUAGCUAGCGGCGGUGGAGGUCAUGGUCAUGACAACGCCCAUUACAAAUUCGAAUACGGCGUCCACGAUCCUCAUACCCACGACCACAAAUCCCAACACGAACAUAGAGAUGGACACCACGUCACCGGAGGUUACACUCUAAAAGAAGCUGACGGUACCCACAGAAUCGUCAAAUACAAAUCGGGACCUCAUAGUGGUUUUGAGGCUGUUGUAGAACGCGUAGGACACGCUCAACAUCCUGUACAUUAUGGUAAACAUGGAGGACAUGGAGGACAUGGUGGAGCUACUAGCUACGUUGGUGUUACCCAUUGGGCUAACCAAGGAAGCGAUGGUGGACAUGGAGAUGGCCACGGGCAUAAAUGAAUAAAAUAAAUUAUUGAAUUUUUUUUUUAAAUAAAUAUAAUUUUGAGAA